AUGUCCUCAUCGGCAGUGUUAUCAAUAGAGUCAUAUUUUCUGAACGUUUUACUGAGCGUUUGGUAUGUCGCUGGAAAAAUGGACACUCCAUCUACCGAUUUUCAAAAGCUAAUAUGGAAAAAGCUCAUCGAUUCUCAAGAAAGACUUUUGGAAAAAGAAGAUAUCGCAUUAGGCAAACAUUCUUUGGAUGGAGAUGGUAACGAUUUCGUUGAUGCCUUUCUAAUAAAGAUGGAGAAGGAUCGAAGAGAAGGUCGACAUCCUAGUCAGUCAUAUAAGGAAGACGAGCUGCUUUAUGAUGUUUUCGAUCUUUGGAUUGCUGGUCACGAAACAACUGCACUUACUCUAAUGUGGGGAUUCAUGCACCUAAUGAAAAAUCCUGAUGUGAGAAAUUUUUACGAAAAGACUGAUUAG